UGAGCUAUUGACCGAUCGAGGAACAGCCGGUGAAGUCUCCCUUUUGGACCAGUGCUAUUAAAAAUAAACGUAAACACUUUUUUUUUUUUAACAAUGUCGCUAGUUGAGGUCACUGAAACACUCAAAGAGAAAACUUCAACAGUUGUUCAAGUGGGCUGUGCAGAUAGCCAAGAAACAUCUGCUGAAGUUACCACAGCACAGGAUGGACGUCAAGGAAAAAAAGAACACGGACAACACUCUGGGCCACGGAUGACCAAGACAUUUUUAAGGGACCACUGUAAGCAGAACAAACUCUAUUCAACACCAUGUCUGAAUGACACCUUGUAUCUGCAUUACAAGGGUUUCACCACAAUUGAAAACUUGGAGGAGUACACAGGACUCAAAUGUCUAUGGCUGGAAAGCAAUGGUCUGCAAAAGAUUGGAAACUUGGAUGCACAAGUUGAGCUUCGCUGCUUGUUUCUUCAGCAGAACCUCAUCCACAAGCUGGAAAACUUGGAAGCUCUAAAAAGGCUAAGCACUCUGAAUGUCUCCAACAAUUACAUACACACCAUAGAGAACAUCUCCUGCCUUCCUGAACUUAGCACUCUACAGAUGGCGCAUAACAAACUCGCGGGAGUUGGGGACGUAGAACACUUGACUCAGUGUCCAUCCAUCAGUGUGUUGGAUCUGUCUCACAACUUAUUACAAGAUCCUGAGAUUCUUCCUGUGCUUGAAGCUAUGCCGGAAUUACGUGUCCUUACCCUGACGGGCAAUGAAGUUGUGAAAAAGAUCCCCAACUACAGAAAGACCCUGAUUGUUCGCCUAAAGCAGCUUACCUUCCUUGAUGACAGGCCUGUUUUCCCCAGAGACAGGGCAUGUGCGGAGGCAUGGGCACUUGGUGGGAUUGAGGAGGAACGCAGGGAGAGGGAACAAUGGAACACACGAGAAAGGAGGAAAAUUCAGGAGGGCUUGGAGGCCUUGGCAGUGAUUCGACAGAAAGCCCAGGAGAGACAGCGCUUGCAGGAGAAAAUGGAGAGAGGUGAGACUUGCUUCAAACCAGAAGAUUUUAAUCGGGAAGCAGUUCCUGGGAAAAUCCAGGGAUUUGUGCAGGACACCUUGGAUGCCCAGGAGGAGUUUAUACAAAAUCAAACAAGACAGCAGCCUUGCCAUGGAGAUUUAGAAGCAGAGAACCCCGAUGAUGAAUUCUACAAAGAAAUGUCAGAGGAAGAUGAUGGUAAACAGUCAGAGAGAGGUGAGGACCGUGUUCGAAGCCAUGAAAUAGCAGACAAGCAGCUUCCUUUGCCCACAUGUGCUUCGUUUGAAGCAUCACAUGGUCCCGGGCCAUUGGUGACUGAAUUGGUGGACGCAGAGAAGCUGGAAACCAUUCCUCUGACUCGCCCACUACUGGUUGAUGAUCUGCCUGAUCUGGAGGAUAUGUCCUCUUCUGAACACGUGUUCAAACCAAACAUAGAGGUCAUCUCAGAGGAUGGCAGUGACAGUGGGGUAGUCAGGAAUCAGAGCAUCAAUUUGGAGCCAGAUAAGUCGUUUUUGAGUGGCUGCAACAGGACAAGUCAAGUUCCUAACGAUUUAGCAUUGAUAUAUCCAGAAGAUAGAGAUGUGCUUGACAUGGAUGCAAAAUCCAAAACAAAUCAAAUGUGCUGUCCACCACACUGCCUGAUUGAGGAGUUGGAAUGAUGAUUCAAGUUCUUGGCAUUAUCCAGGUGCAUCUCAAUACAUUAGCAUAUUGUGCAGUAGUUCAGUUCAGACUUAUAGGUGGCAGUGGCCUAUGAGGUAGAGCAGAUUGUCCAGAAACCAGAGAGUUGGCGGUCUGAACGCUUCCUCCAUCCCAGUCACUGCUGUUGUGUCCUUGGGCAAGAUACGUCACCCACCUUGCUCCCAGUGGUGUAUAAAUGUGAAUAUUUCAUGGUCGGAAAGGCCACUGGCACAAAUUUGCAGCAGUUUGUCAGUCUAGGUGACCAUCACUAGUGUGUUAAGGGCACAAACCAGUAUUGGCUGUAAGUCAUCAGCAAAAUUAUGAAAUAUGGUCUUAAAAUAUUUCACUGUCAUCACUUUUUGCUGAUGAAUUACUGAAAAUAACACUUUGAAAUGUAUUGAAAUACACUCACAAGUCAAUCUUCCACAAGACAGCUGAAGAAAACUUAAGGGGCUACUUUUGCUUUUAUUCACCAUUUAUUAUACAUGCUAAAACUGGGUCAAGAUAGUCUUAAAUAUUUCAAUUGUUGGAGUCUCCAAAAUACUUUUAAAAAUCAAAAUGUUGAA